UAAAGUUUACAUUUGGCCGAUCAACAUGGCAACAGAGCACUAUUCAUCAAGAACAUUGAUUGCUAUCCAUUUAUGACGCACAAAAUUACCCAAAAUCAACUUCGUACCUUGUUUACUUCGAGGAAAAUUUCCAGACUUUUUUAACUAUCUACUCGACAAGUUACAUCUGAUCGAUUUGCUUCGUGGAAAGACAUCAGUAGUUUUGAUUCUUCAUUUGACAUAGAGACGUGACGCUUGGUUGUUAUAGCAGAAAUGUCGGACGGAGAAGCAGAAAACGUCAAGGUGGCCGUUAGAGUGAGGCCUUUUAAUAAACGUGAAAAGGCCCGAAAUGCAACUUUGAUAGUUGAAAUGAAAGGUCAAACAACGUACUUAACAAAUCCAGAAGAGCCUGGUGAAGAACCCAAAAAAUUCACGUUCGACUACAGUUAUUGGUCUCAUGACGGAUUCGAAGAAAAACCAAACGGCUACCUGGGAGCUACCAAUCCAAAAUAUGCUGAUCAGAUGAAAGUGUAUAAUGAUCUUGGUAAAGGAGUUUUGACAAAUGCUUGGGAAGGAUUCAACACGUCACUCUUUGCCUAUGGACAGACUGGUUCAGGGAAAUCUUGGUCAAUUGUUGGAUAUGGUACAAACAAAGGCAUUGUACCAAUCUUUUGUGAAGAAAUUUUCAAAGGAAUUGAUGAGAAAAAGCAAGGAGGAGAUGAGGCACAAUUUGAGGUGUUUUUCAGUAUGCUUGAAAUCUACAAUGAGAAGGUGCGUGACCUUUUGAACCCUUCCACCAAUAAGGGUGGCUUGCGGGUGCGCCAACAUCCUUCAAAAGGGUUCUAUGCUGACGGACUUAAGACUGUGCCUGUUAGUGAAUACAAAGAUAUUGAAAUGCGCAUGGAGGAAGGAACAACAAACAGGACUGUAGCAGCCACAAACAUUGCUGCCAUCAGUCCUGCGGACAUAAACUAUGAUGAAACUCUCUCAACCUUAAGAUAUGCUGACCGUGCUAAACAGAUCAAAACAUCAGCGAAAGUCAACGAGGAUCCUACAGAGAAACUGAUCAGGGAGUUGAAAGAAGAAAAUGACAAACUCAUGGAAAUGUUAAAGAAAGCUCAAGCAGGCGAAUCUGUGAAGAUAUCAGCCGACGAUGACGAUGAUGACGGCGAGAAGGAAGGAUUGUCUGAAGAGGAAAUGGCCGAACUCAGGAAACAGAUUGAAGAGGAGAUAAAAGCAUCUAUGGCACAAACAGAGCAGGAAACACAGGACAUGAAUAAGAGUUGGGAUGAUAGAGUUGCUGAAAAUAAAAAGGAUAUCAAGGAUAAAGAAGCUGAAAAGAAAGAACGUCAGUCAACUCCUCAUCUGUGGAACUUGAACCCAGAUCCCCAGCUGACGGGAAUGAUUGUGCACAUGGUUAAAUCAGGAGUCGUAAAAGUCGGCAACAAAAAGGGUGAUCCGCCAGCAGACAUUGUUCUUCAUGGAUUAAACAUCCUGAAGCAACACUGUGAAAUUAAAAAUGAAGGUUCUAAAAAGAUCACCAUCAAAACCUUUGGCGAAGCUAAAGUCCUCGUCAAUGGAGAACCGGUUGAUGAUGACGAAGAAGAAGAACUUCACCAUCUGGACAGAGUUAUGUUUGGCACAAGUCACCUUUAUGUCUUUCAUCAUCCUGCUGAGGCGCAGUCGUCUUCUUUGAAGCAGGCGGACAUAACAUAUGAAAUGGCGCAGGAGGAAAUCGCCAAGAACGCCGGACUUGACGUGGAUGAUCAGGAGUCAAAAGAAGCAAUGUUGUUACGAGAAGAUCUGGCAGAUCUGAUGCCGAUGGUAAAUGAAGCAAAUGCCAUCAGUCAAGAGUUGGAUAAGAAGGUUUCGUUUGAAGUCUCCGUUGUCUCUGCCAAGGCUCGCGGACUCCCCGAAGGAAGACCCGAGCCAUACGUAGUCAUGCGGGACUUACAAACUGGCGUCGAAUACCUCUGGCCAAAAGCCAAGUUUAUCAACAGGAAAUACGUCAUGGACGAAAUGUACGAAAAUUUCGAAGACGGCGAUGAUUGGCAACUCGAAGACGAGAAAGAUCCUUUUACUGAAAGCCCGGAUGUCGAGAGUCUGAUUGGCUGUGUGGCUGUUCCUAUGCAGAGUCUGGGAUAUGUGCUUGAUAUGAGAGAACAGCUGAGUAUCACUGAUUAUAAAGGAAAAGAACUGGGCUAUCUUAAUGUAGAAGUCGUUCCUUUAAACGAAAAUGGAAAAGAAAUCACAGAAGAAGAUGACAUCUUUAUUGACGAUCCUAGUCAACUGGAAGGUAAAAAGCUUGUGUUUGUGGUGCGAGUGCAGAGUGCAAAGGGAAUUCCAAAGCGCUACACGGACGUGUACUGUAAAUAUUCCAUGUACCUUGAAGCGGAUCUUAAGACGGAAGUAAAAUCUGGAACAAGGAAUCCCGAAUUUAACUACGAAAGAACUUUCAGUUUUGAGAGAGUUCCACCGAAGUUAAUCCAGUUUCUGAAAAACAAGGAGGUCAUUAUACAGCUCUGGGGAAAGCAAGUGGUCGACAAGAAACCGGUCAACAAAACUGCCAAGAAAGGAAAAGAUACCAAAGCAAUUAUGAGAGCAGAAACACUAAAGAAAAACGUGUCUCUCACUCCUGCUGUAGUAAAAGGAAUGGCAGACAAUGCAACAUUAAAGAAGCAGAACAAACGACUCCAAGACAAAAUGAAUCAUCUUCGCCAGCUCUGUGACAAGAAACAGUCCGAAGGCAAAAGUGAUGUACCGAUAUCCGAACUGCGGGCCAUUAUUGGAGAAAUGAAUUCAAACACUCAGACGACUGCCCCUCAUGCCUCCGCUCCUGCAACAACGGGUCGAGCUCCUGCAGAGAGAAGAAAUGAGAGCAGCGCAUGCACCAUCUUGUAACCUAAUUCUGUUGAGACUCAGUAGCCAUGACUGUUUUCACAGCUCAAUAGCGAGCUUACGUGGACGUGUGAGAGCUUCGUGUGCGCAGGGCCUUGUAAUAUCCUGCACGAGAACAAAUACUUUUCAAUUGUGUUGUGAUGAUUUCUAUGUAGCAUUCGUCUUCUCGUCUCUAAGUUGGCUUUAAGAGACCUCAUUCUCCAGCUCUUUCCUAAGCGUACCACGACACACCGGCAAAUUUUAAUUCUUUGAGUGUCAUUUAAAUAGUUUCAAUAUAUAAUAAAAUAGUUCUGGUCCUCUCGAUGCUGGCCAGCAAAAUAUUCUUCAAUGUACAUAACACAGAUACGCAGUACACGAGAUGUUGAAAUUUUACAAGUUCAUCAUACGUCAUUUACAGGUGCUCUUAGACCCUAAAAAUAGAGAGGAAAAGAAAAUCCGUCGGAUUUCUUAGCACGAUUGAAAAGUAAUGGGGCGAUUUGAAGUAAAAACUGAAGGAUUUUUGUUUUGCUGUAUUUUAUUUUUGUAACCGUAAACAUGGCCAUGAUGUUCAGGGCGCCUGUCGCGACAUUGCAUGACAAUCAGAGAGAGGCAGAACUGGACUGGGCGUGUUUAUUCAUUUAAAAUAAAGCACAAGAAAACUU